AUGGUGAAACUAUAUUGCCCACGGUGUUGCGAUGUGUUCAUUCCGCGGUCUUCACGUCAUUUACACACGGAUGGAAGUUAUUUUGGCACUGGGUUUCCGCAUAUGUUGUUCUUUGUGCAUCCUGAGCUUCGUCCUCGCAAACCAGCCACGCAGUUCAUACCCAGAUUAUACGGGUUCAAAAUCCAUCCUCUGGCGUACAACUUGCAGUACCAGCAGGCACCGCAGCAGGCAAACAAUGGUCCACCUGUCGAAAAAGGUGGUUUCGAGCAAUUUGCCAAUGCGUACGGGCUGUGA